AUGAUUUGGGCCUGGUCCGGUAUCAGCAGUAAAUCCUUUGCCUCAGACACGUUAAAGAAAAAAUCUUUGUCCAGUUCGAGUACUUUCCUACGAUACAGACCCCUCAUUAGAGACCAGUGGCAACACGUGGAGUUGUCAGACAGUACGGCCCACACCAUAACGGAUGCGUACGCAGGGAAGGAGUACAUCAUCCAGGUGGCGGCUAAGGACAUGGAGAUCGGCACCUGGAGUGACUGGAGCGUCGCGGUGCACGCCACCCCCUGGAUGGACAAACCCCAACAGAUUCCCUCCACCACCGAGCAGGAACCAAUCCUCGGUACGUACCCCAACCCUGACCCAAACCCUGACCCAAACAGAUCCCCUUCACCACCGAGCAGGAACCAAUCCUCGUACGCAUCCCAACCCUGA